AUGUUCAACCGCGCGGUCGCCCGCUCCGCCACGCAGGCGCUGAACACCGCCCGCCCUGGAGUACUCUCAUCUUCAUUCCGACCUUUCUCCUCCUCCACGGCGCGUCCCAACAACAAGUCCGAUGAUCCCCAAAAUGAUCCUCUGCUCCGAGCAAGCUCCCCCGAGCAUCAGGGUAAAUUCGCCCGGACUGAUGAGAGCGUUCAAAUUGAAUACCCUCCCGACAGCGAGAUGCCGGCGCAGCCCUUCUCCCUGGAGAACAAGGUCAGCUUGGUGACCGGGGGUGCACGAGGGCUGGGGUUGGUGAUGGGUCAGGGCUUGGUGGCGUCCGGGUCGGAUUUGGCCAUUGUUGAUUUGAAUAAGGCCGAGGCGGAAGAACAAGCUGGGAAGCUCAUUGAGCAAUUUCGCAAGGAGAAUCCAGGGCUUGAACAAAUGCCCAAUGUGACGGCUCACUACGCCGAUGUCUCCAACCCUGAUUCCGUUCAGGAAGCUCUGGCUGAGGUCUUGGCCAAACAUAACCGCAUUGACAACCUCGUCACAUCCGCCGGCUUUACCGAGAACUUUGACGCCAUCAGCUACCCAUUCGACCGCAUGAAGAAACUCUGGGGGGUCAAUGUCGAUGGCACAUAUCUGUUUGCAACGGGUGUGGCCAAGCACCUCAUGGAACGCAAAGCACCGGGGAGUAUUGUCAUGAUCGGCUCCAUGUCCGGCUCUAUUGUCAAUGUGCCCCAGCCCCAGGCUCCGUACAACGCCGCCAAGGCAGCGGUGCGUCACCUGGCGGCCUCGCUGGCCGUGGAGUGGGCGGCCCAAGAUAUUCGAGUGAACUGUAUCAGCCCUGGCUACAUGCUGACUGCCCUUACCCGCAAGAUUCUCGAUGAGAACCCUCAACUCCGCGACAAAUGGAUUUCCCUGAUCCCUGCCGGUAAAAUGGGAACCCCCGAGGACCUCAUGGGUGCGGUGACAUUCCUGCUCAGUGACGCCUCCAAGUAUAUUACGGGCGCGGAUCUUCGCGUUGACGGCGGAUACACCUUGACUUAA